CUGAGCUGAGCUGAGCGGUGAGCACCCUCAGAAGGAUCUUAACACACCUCAAGGUUCUGUGGUUGAGAAUUGCUGGUCUAAGCAGUAUAUUGGAUGUCCUAUGUUAACCUACUGAGUCUCUCUGGAGAAAAGCAAACCCUAAAAUGGCAGGCCAAGGAAGUAAUACAGACUGCAUGUCAUGUAGUGUACUGAGCUGGGAGCAGGUCAGCCGUUUGCAUGAGGUCCUGACAGAAGUUGUUCCAAUCCAUGGCCGGGGCAGCUUCCCAACCCUGAAGAUAACCCUGAAGGACAUUGUUCAGACUGUCCGCAAUAGUCUGGUUAAGAUUGGCAUCCAAGUGCAUGAUGUCCGACUGAAUGGUUCUGCAGCUGGCCAUGUUCUGGUCAAGGAUAAUGGGCUAGGUUGCAAGGACCUGGACCUUAUUUUUCAAGCCUCUCUUCCAAGUGAGGCUGAAUUUCAGCUAGUCAGAGAUGUUGUCUUACGAUCUCUCUUGAACUUCUUGCCAGAAGGUGUGAGCAAGCUCAAGAUCAGUCCAGUGACUCUGAAAGAAGCCUACAUCCAGAAACUGGUAAAAGUGUGUACAGAGUCUGAUCGUUGGAGCCUAAUAUCACUUUCUAACAGACAUGGCAGGAAUGUGGAACUGAAGUUUGUUGACUGCAUACGUCGACAGUUUGAGUUCAGCGUGGAUUCUUUCCAAAUCAUAUUGGACUCCUUGCUUUUUUACUAUGACUAUUCUGAAAAUCCCAUGUCGGAAGGCUUCCACCCAACUGUGAUUGGGGAAAGCAUGUAUGGCGACUUUGAGGCAGCCUUUGAUCACCUCCAGAACAAACUGAUUGCUACUAAGAAUCCAGAGGAGAUCCGAGGUGGUGGACUCCUGAAGUAUAGCAAUCUCCUGGUGAGAGACUUCAGGCCCAUGGACCAGGAGGAGAUCAAAAUGCUAGAGCGCUACAUGUGUUCACGCUUCUUCAUAGACUUUCCAGACAUCCUGGACCAGCAGCGCAAGUUAGAGACGUAUCUUCAGAACCAUUUUUCCAAAGAAGAGAGGAGCAAAUAUGACUACCUCAUGACCCUGCGGCAGGUGGUGAAUGAGAGCACUGUAUGCCUCAUGGGGCAUGAGCGAAGGCAGACUCUGAACCUGAUCUCUCUGCUGGCACUCAAAGUACUGGCAGAACAGAACAUCAUUCCUAGUGCCACUAACAUUACCUGUUACUACCAACCAGCACCUUAUGUCAGUAAUGCAAACUUCAGUAACUACCAUAUUGCAAACUCUCCCAUUUCCUAUAGUCAGUCUUACCCUACUUGGCUGCCUUGUAACUGAUUUCUAACUCAAGUAUCUCUUAAUGGAAAUUUCUGAAAGGCAAGAAAUUAUAUGGGUGGUGGGAACUACCAAUUGGUUAGGGGGCUAUCUGUUGGGAAUAUGUGGUUUGAUUUCUUAUUUCCUUGAAGGCAGCAUGACACUCCUACCAAACAGUUUUGCAAAGUUUUUUAGUACUCCCUGCGCAAAUGCUGCAGAAAGUCUUACUGUCUCCUUCAAUUGUGGGAGGGGCCUGUGCCCUCAAACUGGAAAAUUUUAAUUACUGGUUGUGAAAGCUAUGGCAGACUUGUAUCCCAGUGUUGUACAUAGAAGACCAGGUAACAGCUGGCUAGUUAUGGAGAGGAAACUUUAAUAGAAGUAUCUGAGCUUGGAACAGCAGCAGGGUCACUUGACUACUUGAGCCCCUUGCUUCAUCAGGUCACAGCCCCUACUCCUUGCAUCUAAAUUCUUGUCAUUUUUCCAUACGACUGUACUUAGGUGAGCUGUCUUUUAGUAGUUUAUGCAGUGCAUGAACUGCAUGUACGUUUUAGCCAUAUAGAACUAGUCUAUGUAUGGACAUAACUUUCUUUCAUUGAGGGCCUUGAUCAUGAUUGGUUCCUGAAAACCAUCGAGCAGUUUAGCUCAUCUGGUGGAGCAACAGAUUGCUUUCUUAAGUUAAGGUUAGACUAACAAAUGUCCCUGAAGCUUGAGCUAGUUAGAUACCAGUCUUGAGCGCGCACAUUUGGAAGGUAGCUUCUUGCAGUCAAAUGAAAAACACUCCUAGAACACACAGUGAACUGUACUCAAGACUGGAGUC